GACUGACUGAUUGGUCAGUUAAUUGCCUACUGGAAUUCCCAUCCUUUAUCUUGUGCAUCGCCCGUACAUCAUCGGUCUGCUGCGGGAACAGCUGCAGGCCCGCAGCCCACCUGGGUGCAGGAGUGUGACUGACAGCUGAAUAGCCCAGUGUGUGGUGAGGCGAUGAUUCCGGGGCAUCUUGUUUCUCUCGGGUCUAGUGGUGCUAUGUGAUAGCCGGGGUUUUAUUCCGUGUCUCAGUCAGCAGACAUGCUGUCUCCUCUGCCAAGCAGUAAACACUGACCUGAACGCGAGGAGGACGAAAGGAAACAGUGCGCUGGUAUCAGCAGUUGAGUUCAAUCGGGGUUGAACGGGCGUCAUGUAGACUUAACGGCGAUGAAACGCAAGAGCCUCGAUUUGUGUAGGUUACAUAUACCUCUUGUUUCUCACCGGAGUUGCUCGAAAAUGCGCAAGACGGUCCCAACCAUCCUUUUGGCGAUGCUGCUUUUCGAAGUGGCUCACUCAGCGCAGGGCCGCUAUGCUCAGAAGCUUCUGAAUGACUUGAUGGAGAACUACUCCAGCGCCCUGCGUCCGGUGGAGGACACAGACAAGGCCCUCAAUGUCACCCUGCAGGUCACCCUCUCCCAGAUCAAAGACAUGGACGAGAGGAACCAGGUGCUGAUCGCCUACCUGUGGAUUAGACAGACUUGGCAUGAUGCCUACCUGAAGUGGAAUAAAGAGGACUAUGAUGGAUUGGAGGUCAUCCGCAUCCCCAGCAGCCUGGUGUGGAGGCCUGACCUUGUCCUCUAUAACAAGGCUGACGAUGACUUCUCAGGGCCGAUGGACACCAACGUGGUGCUGAACUACAAUGGAGAGAUCACCUGGGAUGCUCCUGCCAUCACCAAGAGCUCCUGUGUGGUGGACGUCGCUUACUUCCCUUUCGAUAGCCAGAAGUGUAACCUUACCUUUGGCUCCUGGACCUACAAUGGCAACCAGGUAGACAUUGCCAUGGCCAUGGACAGUGGUGACCUGUCAGACUUUGUGGAAAACGUGGAGUGGGAGUGCGGCGGGAUGCCGGCCACCAAGAACGUGAUCAUGUACGGCUGCUGCUCUGACCCUUACCCAGACAUCACGUUCACCGUGCUGCUGCAGCGCCGUUCCUCCUUCUACAUCUUCAACCUCCUCCUCCCCUGCUUCCUCAUCUCCUUUCUGGCUCCUUUGAGCUUCUACCUGCCUGCAGACUCUGGUGAGAAAGUUUCUCUCGGAGUGACGGUGCUGCUGGCUCUCACUGUGUUCCAGCUGGUGGUUGCUGAGAGCAUGCCACCGUCAGAGAGCGUGCCGCUGAUAGGGAAGUACUACAUUGCCACUAUGACCAUGAUAACAGCCUCCACAGCUCUCACCAUCUUCAUCAUGAACAUCCACUUCUGUGGCGCCGAGGCCAGGCCAGUCCCCCACUGGGCAAAAGUCCUCAUCAUCGACUACAUGUCCAAGAUUUUCUUUGUUUACGAGGUGGGUGAAAACUGUGCCUGCCCCUCCUCCUCUUCCUCCUCCUCCUCCCCCUCCUCCUCUCCGUCUUUUUCUUCCCACUCUGCCCAAGACAACUUCCAUCACCACCGCCCCCACAUCCAUGCUAAUGGGAAACCGGGGAGUCACAGAAGCCAAGAGCAGCAGCGAUGCCACAAGUACCCCCGGCCUCAGACCCCCAAGCCCCAACAGCACCCCAGACUGAAAGCCCAGCACCACAUCACCAGGGAGGAGAGGAACCACCUCUCCAGCUUUGGGCCUGGCACGUACGAAAGCUCCAACGGGAACGUCCCAGUGGUGGACUGCUGUAAAGAGGACCAAAAGGUGACCUGUUGCCCGGAAGACCAAAAGCCUCCGUGCUGCACUGAAGACAGGAAGCCUUCAGCCCCAGGUCCCACCGUGACCUUUGGCCCCUGUGUGUUCUGCAGCCAUAGCAGUGCUAUUCCCGGCAUAGAUGUCAAACUGGUGCGCAAUGUGGAGUACAUCGCCAACUGUUUCCGCGAGCAGAGGGCCACAUGUGCAAAGGGAGCAGAAUGGAAGAAGGUCGCCAAGGUGAUGGACAGGUUCUUCAUGUGGAUCUUCUUCAUCAUGGUCUUCCUCAUGAGCAUCCUCAUCAUCGGCAAGGCACCGUGAUGUGAUGUUUCCAGCUUUUUCAUAAGUGGUGAACUUUUACUAGUCAAAUGAAAUAAUGCUAAAGUUGGAGACUUUUUCUUUCUUUUUUUUUUAUAAACAGUUAUGUUGAAAUUUUCAAAUGGAUUUUGUGGCUUGGCUUGAUCAGUAUCAUCAGUAUAAUUUACAAUGAAAACAUGCCCAUUCAGUGUUUUUUCCUCAAGUUGAGUAUGUGCUAUAAUCUUUAACAUCUACAUGAUUUCUUACAAACAUUGUUUAGCUACCUUAACAUAACAACUGUAACAUUCCUUUAUCUUCAUCUACUACAAAAUAAAAUGGACCAAAUGAUGCUAAAGUGACCAAACACAGGUAUGUCAGGAACAUUUAUUUGAUUUUAACUAUCAAACCUAAAUGCU